AAUUUAGCCACUAGGGAGUUCACAACAUGGAGCUGCCUACUGCGAAGAGCCAGCUGCUCUGGCAGCUACUGCUGCUGCUGGUGUUGGGCGCAUGCCACGCCCAGUUUGAUGAGGUACAUGAGGAUAGCGAAAGGGAAGCUUGGCUGCAUGGUGUGUUUACGCCACAGCCUUUGAGGGCGGCUCCUUGGGAAGUGGAUGCUGUGACCCCACCACCGCCGCCGCCAAGUGGAGGUGUGCAUGUGCCCGGCGUGGGUCAAGUGUUUGGGCUGCGCGGUUAUCAGUUCAUUAAGAACCGACCCAUCGAUGCGUUUCUGGGCAUACGCUACGCUCAGGUGAGCAGUGGCCUGGGACGCUUCCAGCCAGCCAGAGCAGCGCCUUACCAGCCGAUCGUCAAUGCAACCCAAUCGAGCCCCAACUGCGCCCAGUUUCCGGAAGUGCAGCGCCUGCAGGUAGCAGAAGCGCGCGGCGAAAACGUCGACGACUGCCUCACACUGGAUGUCUACGCGCCCGCCGGAGCCCGCGAGCUGCCCGUCCUGGUCUUUGUGCACGGCGAGAUGCUGUUCGAUGGCGGCGCCGAGGAGGCGCAGCCCGACUAUUUGCUGGAGCACGAUGUGAUCCUGGUGUCCGUCAACUAUCGAUUGGCGCCCUUUGGAUUUCUGGCCGCUCUCACCCAAGAACUGCCCGGAAAUGUGGCUCUGUCGGAUCUGCAGCAGGCUCUCGAAUGGGUGCAACGCAACAUACGUUACUUUGGUGGAUCUAGCAACCAAAUAACGGUCAUUGGACAGGCAGGCGGUGCCACGCUGGCCCAUGCGCUCAGCCUGAGCCCGAAAACGCAGCACUUGUUCCAGCAGCUCAUUCUGCAGUCGGGCACUGCUCUGAAUCCCUAUUUGAUCGACGAAAGGCCUCUCGAGACGCUGGCCACCUUUGCUCAGCUCGCUCGCUGUCCCAGCGCUGGCCGCAAUCUAAGCCCGCUCUACGAAUGCCUGAGCCGCCUGCGCACAUCUGAGUUGGCUAGCAUCUUUGAGCAGUUGCUGCUGCAGAACGAGCCGCGCGGCCUCAGCGCCUUGGGCGGCUUCAAGCUGGUGGUGGGCGACUCCCUCGGCUAUCUGCCUGAGCAUCCGGCUGCUCUUGUUGCCAGCAACAGUGCCAACAACACGCUAAAGCCCGCAGUCAUUGGAGCCACCAAGGACGCCAGCGCCUUCAUUGUGUCACGUUUCUAUGAUCAAAUACAGCGCUUGCAGUCGCAAAACAUCAGCGACUACAUCAAUGUGGUGCUGCGACACACAGCCCCGCCGCAGCAGCAUAAGAUAUGGCACGAUUUGGCUAUUCGGGAGAUUUUUACGCCGGAGCAGUUGCGUUACGUCAAUGCUCGCAGCGUCUCACAGGGCUUGGUGGAGCUGAGCAAUCUCAUAUUGUAUCGGGCGCCCGUUGUCUACUCGAUUCGUUCGUCCUAUAAGAAGAAUCCCACCUAUCUGUACACCUUUGACUAUCGCGGCGAGUUUCAUCGCUUUGCCCACUUUGGCAAUCCGCUGCCAUUCGGAGUGGACGCCUCGCUCAGUGACGACAGUGUCUACCUGUUUCCCUAUCCGAAGGAUGCUAGCAACUUGAAUCCCCAGGACAAGUCGCUCGCCCGCGCCCUAGUUGCCAUGUGGGUCAGCUUUGCCCAGAAUGGCAUACCGAAUCAGAACUCAAACGUGUGGCCCAAGGCGACCUCGGAGUAUGGCCCAUUCUUGCGUUUUACCAACUCUCGGCUUAGCAUCUUGGAGCUAGACCAGCAUUUUGGCGAGAGCAUCAAUGUGCCCAAUAUAUAUGCCCAGUACUUCAAUACCACCAACAGCACAAGCACCACGACGACAACGACAACGACAACAAGACGGCCGUACUACCCCGAGCAGCCUUAUAGACCGCCACAGCAGCCCCAGUACAGACAGCCAGCUUUCAACGAUUAUUACGCAGGGGAGCAGGAGGUGCGCAGGCAACAGCUACUGCGAGAGCAGCAGGAACGAGAUCUGAAGCUGAGUGAGCAACAGGAGCGAGAGCAACAACAGCAGGAGGAGCUUUUGCGCGAGGAAGAGGAACGUCAGCGGGAGCAGCAACAACGCGAAACAGAACUGCAACGCGAGCUGCAGCAGCGGGCACAAUUCGAGCGAGAGCAGCGACAACGCGAGCAGCAGCAGCGCGAAUACGAGGCAAGGCAGCACGUGGACGAAGACGAGCAGGAUGAGCGAGAGCUGCAACAGCGAGAAUAUGAAUUAAGGCUGCAGCAAGAGCGGCAGCAGGAACGCGAGCAACAAGAGCGCGAGCAGACGGACCGAGAGCAACAAGCACACUUGCUGCCCAUGGACUCGGAGGAGCAACGUCUGCAGCAGGAGCGUGAGGAACAGGAGCGAGCACAAGAGGAACGCGAGCAAGAGUCCAGAGAGCAGCAUGAACGAGAGCAGCAGCAACGGGAACAGUUGGAGCGAGAACAGCAAGAGCGAGAACAGCAAGAACGGGAACAGCAAGAACGGGAACAGCAGGGACGAGGUGAACAGACGUACGCUACGAAUGAAGAAAAUGCACCAGAUCCAAGUGCCUACCCCAGCUACGAAGAUUAUGUCAAAGCCUACACGCUCUGGGUAGAAGAGCUCAGCAGUCUCUACAACCCAGAGAGCUUUGCAAGUGCUGAACAGGAAGCAUCGCCGGAUGAUGAGCUAGCCAACGAUCGCUAUGCCCAGCCGGACGAGAACCAAUUGUAUUCCGACAACAAUCCACAACGAAUUAAGCUAAUGCGCAGAUAUCAGCGUUUCAGCUUCUAAAAAUCAUUACAAAAAGUAAUCACUGCCUUGUUUCAAUUUCAUUUAUAAUUCUUAUUAGCGAAUUUCG